GGCAGACGUUGCACGUUUGCCACACCGCGCACUAGCCACUAUUCAGAUAUUGUCAGUUUGCUAGUUUGUGCUCCGUCAGUAGCGUGCUCGGUAGAUUUGCAGCCGGUUGUGGAAAACGACUCGACUACAAUGUCCAACAACUCGACAAGUGAGAAACACAAGAAAGUGGUAAAAGAACAGCUAUUGUUGCUUUUAGAAAAAGGAUGUAACGUGGAGGUGGACAAAAACCGAAUUACCGAAUUACCAGAAUGGUUUGAUGAAGAACUUUUCCUCAGAGGACAAAAAUGUAUCAGUGCGAAUUUUUACACUACGUUCUUGGCGGGUUUUAUCGGCUUGGUAUCGGUGUUAUCUAUACCCACUAUUCUGGAAGUACUGGUACACACUAAUAAAUCGUCCGAACCGUACACGGCUUACAGGAGGUACUCGGACACCAUCAGGCACGUGUUAGGUUGGUACAAAUACGACCUGAAAGACAUGGAAUCCAAGUCUCAAAAGGCGUUGUCCAUCGUUAGCGGGUUACACUGUGCCGCCGCCAAGUCGUCCUCGAAAUUCGGGCUUCGGAUAACCCAAAAGGACAUGGCUCUAACGCAAUUCGGUUUCAUGGGACUGAUAUUGCUGAAGAAAAAAGAAUUGGCUAUUGUGUGUACCGACGAAGACGAAAUGGGCAUCGUACAUAUGUGGAGGACUUUGGGUCAUCUACUGGGAAUCCAUGAAGAGUAUAACUUGUGCCGAGGUAGUUUGGAAGAGGUGCGCAGUCUUUGUGCCGCUGUAAUGACCGAUGUUUACGUGCCUUGCUUGAAAAAUCCCCCCAGCCAAUUUAAUCACAUGGUCGGUGCCCUUUUAGAUGGCAUGAAACCCUUGUCGUUCCUGAUCGACUUGGAAGCGUUCAUGAAAUUCAUUAGUCGGAUUUACGGGCUUCCGGAACAACGGCUGACCAACUCGCACAGUCGGUGGAUAUUCAACAUACAAAUGUUCAUAAGCGGAGUGUUGCUCACCAAAUGGUGGUUGGCCUGGUUGUUCCGACCGAUCAUGAACUACCAGCUCAGGAUAUCCGUGUGGCUCAACGACAAUUUCCCCCUGGCUGCUGCCCUGAAAUUCGGCACUAAAGUGUUUUUCAAGGUGCCCUAUUUAACCUCGGAAGCGAAAAAUCAUUUUAAUUAAAUGACAUAUAAUAUGAUAAACGUAUAUACUACUUGACAGUAUUUUAGUAUCAAGAAAAAUUGUUGUAAACAUUUUCAAAGUAUGGUUCGCUUGAUUGUGUCUAGAGUUUAAUUAUGUAGUCAACGAUCAGUUAAUAUAAACACUAUUCAAAAUCUUGUUUAAUCAUUAUACAUAUUAUAUAAAUGUAAGAGCACAAUAUAUUAACGUAAACAAAAAAUCAUAAGUAUUUGAUUGCCCGACGUGACAUUUUAUAGUAAUGUUUACCAAUAUUUUAUUAAUAUUGUUAUAAAUAUAUUUUGUUGUAACUAUUUACGAAAAAAAACGUUUUUUUACGUUCUCAUACAAAUCAGAAAUGAUUGACGUUACCAUUUAUGUUUUAAUUUGUACAUAAUAACAUUACGCUUUUAGAUUAUACGUAUGAGAUUAUAUUAUGUACCAAGUACUCGGUUCUUACCCAUGUCAUAUAUAGUAUAAAUAUGUGCAAUGCGUGAACUGCAUUUUUAGAUAUU